GAGAGAGAGAGAUUGGCUCCCAUCCCCGGGUCCCUCGGCGAGCACUUGAUUAUGUACUACACCCAGUGCACCUGUGGAGCGCGCGGCUGCCUUUCCCGUCCGUCCGUGUCAGCAUGAGCGCCGAAUGCAGCAGCUACGUCAGCACGGACGGCGUGUCGGUGGCCGCUUUCUCCUGCCCCAAAGUGGGAAACGCGGCCGCCCGCUUCUGUUGCGGAUUUAACGAUCUGAAGUACUGCUGCGAUGACCCCAACAGCUUUUAUCCGCACGACUACGCUUACAUGUGGUGGCUGAGUAUUUGGGCUCUUGUUGGACUGUCUUUUGCAGCCGUGGUCCUUCUCACCUUCCUCAUCACAGUCUGCGUGCUUUGCUAUCUCUUCAUCACCACCAAACCGAGUCGUCGUGACAACAACAUACCCUUGCGAGCGCCGGCAGGUGAGAUCCAACAGGGGUCCGGUCUGAGCGGAGCGGCGGGCUCCUCCAGUCCGCAGGGGUUCCGAAAGUACUUCACCAGCAGGAAAUUGCAUGCUGAAAACCAGCCCCAAGAUCCCGAGCGUCUGUUCCAGAGGUGUUUCACGGCGACGGUGAGAGCCGAGAGUGCGUCGUAAAAGCCAAAAGAAGGAAUUUGUUCCAAAUUUCACCCUGCCCCAACCGAUCCGAGAGUUGCCAGCCCGGCGGCGGUGCACGACGACACCGUUCGAAUAUUCCCUUAUCGCGCUUGAAACGGGCCAGAUGAAUUUCCAGAGUCGCUUGAAUUCAGCUCAGUUUGAUUUUGGUCCCA